CAUGGCGGGAGAUUGGAAGUGUAUUUUUGUUUACUAAAUAAAUCCGUCGCGAUGAGGCGGUCAGCGGCACCAAGUCAGAUUAAUCCAGCCAAGAGACCUAAAUUUUCUGUUCCGUAUAAAAAUGUAAAUUCAAUCAAUGUCAGUAAAAGCAAGGAGGCAGAUGAAAUCCCAGAAUUCAAUACAUCAAAUAAUAAUCAACACUGUGUCAUCAAAAACAAUCACAUAGAAGAAAGCCAUGUUGUAAAAAAUACAUCUUUUAAUAAAGUAUUAAAAUCAUCAGUACCAAGAUGUCCUCUAACUUCUCUUCAAUCGAUGCCACAAUAUCCCAGUAAGCCUGCUUUUAAACCAGUAAGAAUAAAUAAACAGGUGAAUAAUGAUGAACCGUCAAAUAUAGAAGCGAAAGAAAGACAAUAUUUUAAUGUUGUUUGGUGUAAACGAUCAGCAAAAAAGCACAAGAAAUGGGAAGGUGAUGCUAUAUUAGUAACUUGUGGUAGAAGUGUUCAACUGUAUGAUGUAGAAGGGAAAGAAAUAGGAAAAGCCACUGGUUAUAAAAAAGCAGAAUUGGAAAGUUUACAAGAAGAUGAGAAGCUGCCGAUUGGAAGUCGGGAGAUUCUGAUAAUGUCUGUAUUAACAGAAGAACAAUAUUUAAGUGGUAAAUGUUUUUCGGGAGCAGGAAGUGUCACCACCUCCACAACAACAGAAGUUUUACCAAGAAUGAAACAGAAACCGUUCAUUGACCCAAAUAAAAGCAGUAAAAACCCGGUCAAGAAUGAAAAUUUUAAUCCAGGAAAAGGUCCUCGACAUGACCCUUUAGAAGAAGGAGCUCUUGUAAUGCCGAGACCUAGUCCUGAACAUCAGUUAAAGAACAAUCUUCAGAACCUACCAAUUGUUGAUGUUGUUGUUGACCCUUAUUUAACCUCUCAACUUCGACCCCAUCAAAGAGAAGGCGUGUUAUUCAUGUAUAAAUGUGUUAUGGGUUUCCAGGAUUACUAUGGUAACGGAGCCAUCUUGGCUGAUGAUAUGGGUUUAGGCAAGACAUUGCAGUGUAUCACAUUAUUAUGGACGAUGAUAAAACAAGGACCAUAUGGUGGGAAACCUGUUAUAAAAAAAGUUUUAAUAAUAACUCCUGGUAGUUUAGUUAAGAAUUGGUAUGCUGAGAUAAAGAAAUGGUUGGGUACAGAAAGAUUGAAUAUAUUUGCUGUUACUGGCAAUCAAAGAGUUGAGGACUACAAGAAAUCAUCAAUUCAUCCAGUUUUGAUCGUCUCGUAUGAAAUGUUUGUCCGAACUUAUGAGAUGAUUCAAAACGAAAACUUUGACUUGGUUAUCUGCGAUGAAGGUCACAGAUUAAAGAAUACAGCGAUAAAAACUACCUCACUGAUAAUGAGUUUAUCAACAAGAAAAAGAAUUGUAUUAACAGGAACCCCAGUACAGAAUGAUUUACAGGAAUUCUUCUCUAUAGUAGAGUUCUGCAAUCCAGGAAUUCUAGGUACCAGCAUCGCUUUUCGUAGAGUUUACGAAGAUCCGAUUGUGGCAUCUCGUCAACCUAGUGUAUCUCAAGAUGUUGUGAUGUUAGGUGAAGAACGAGGCAGUGAAUUAUCACGAUUGACCUCCAUGUUUAUUUUACGAAGAACUCAAGAAAUUAACAACCAAUAUCUACCUCCUAAAGUUGAGCUGGUGUUAUUUUGUAAAGCAAGUGAGUUUCAGUUACAGAUAUAUCGUCAGUUUUUGACAAGUCGUACGAUACGUCAAUGUUUGUCUGGUAGUAUGGUCGGUGCACCACAUCUCAUCUGUAUAGCUGCGUUAAAACAACUCUGUAAUCAUCCACGUCUGGUAUUUGAUAAAGCUGUUCAAGCUGCUGGAGCGGUGGAUGAAGAUGGGGAAAUAACCGAAUCGGUAUAUUCAGGGUUAUCUACCUUGUAUCCACCACAUUAUGGAGAUCAGGAGAUCGUUUGUGAAGAUUCCGGGAAACUUAUUGUCCUAGCGUCCAUAUUGUUGGCCGUACAUCAUCCAGCUUGUAGAGAAAAAAUAGUCAUUGUGUCAAAUCAUACUAAAACUUUAAACGUAAUAGAAAGAUUUUGUGUGACAACUGGUUAUCAAUUUCUACGUUUAGACGGACAGACCCCAACCAAUCACAGACAAGAAUUAGUCAAAAAAUUUAAUAAUAAAUAUUCCACCGAAACGGUGUUUUUGUUGAGUAGUAAAGCUGGAGGUGUAGGAUUAAAUCUGAUUGGUGCAUCAAGACUCGUUCUCUAUGAUAUUGAUUGGAAUCCAGCCAAUGAUCUUCAAGCUAUGGCGAGAGUAUGGAGAGAUGGACAGAAGAGAAAAGUCUAUAUUUACAGGUUACUUACAACUGGGACUAUAGAAGAGAAAGUUUAUCAGAGACAGAUCAGUAAACAGGGGCUGAGUGGGGCUGUAGUGGAUCUACGAGCUAAAUCUGAUGUUCAAUUUUCUAGGGAAGAUCUAAAGGAUUUAUUUUCAUUGAAUGAGAAGACUAUUUGUGAUACUCAUACAUUAUUAAACUGUACCUGUACUGGAGAAGGUGACGAGGUAGAAAAAAUAACACCACCACCACCUGUACAACGGUCAUGUCAACUAGGACAACCUAAAUCUCAAACAAAGAAAAAUCUGACAAUGGAUGAAUUAUUAGAUUGGAAGCAUUUACUUGGAUCGUUUCCAGAUCUGGACCCUAAUUGGUUUAUCUCAGAUCUUCAGGACUAUUUAACGUACAUAUUUUGGAACGAAACGAAAUCGAACACAAAUUUAUGAUAAAAAAAACUCCCCAGUAGAAUGAACAAUAAUUUUGUGUAAUGUCUGUGAAUGAAAUUUAACUUGUGUUAAACAUACAUUAUGCAAGAGCUAAAUCUGCCUAUUGCAGAUCUUUAUUUAGGCCUGAAAUGUUAUAUAAACUAUUAAUUAGACAUUAAUUAACUUAUCCAGGCCAUAAUCAACUCUCGAUAGCAUCAGAUUUCUCCGAUAUUAAAUAGAUUAGAACAGUUCCGCCAUAUUUUGAUUCAAGCUAAAAAUGGAGGAGUGAGACUUAGCUUCGAACAACCAGUUCAGUGUUUGAAAUUAUUGCACACGUCCUGUCAAACCUCCAAAGGCUAAUUUUAAAAUUAUUCAUUUUACAUUAUCUAUUUUCGGACUAUUAUAGCAAGAAUGGCUAGCUCUUUAUCUAAAUCUUAUAUAAUGUAUCUUUAAGUGGUGUUGAAAUUCACCUAGUGUGUCCAAUGUCAUUUGGCUGAUUCAAACAUGUUUGAUAUAUUCGGCUGAUUCAAACAUGUUUGAUAUAUACGGGUGAUUCAAACAUGUUUGAUAUAUACGGGUGGUUCAAAACUUGUUUGAUAUAUUCGGCUGAAUUAUAUUCGCCUAGUGUGUCCGCUUCGCCGGAUUGUAGAAUAAAUCCUCCACUCAUAUCAAGAAGUCACGUGAUUGUUUGAAGACAUGGUCACUGCCAUGUUUAACCAUGUGACGUGAAAAGUGAUGCAAUCGACUGGUGAAUUGGGCGAAGGAUUCGGUUAGUAUGUCCACUGUCUAUCCAUUCGGCUAAUGUGUCCACCACUGAGAUAAAAUAUUUAUGAUAAAAAGACUCUGCAUAAGAAGGAACAUUAAUUUAUAUCACAAGAGUUUUGUGAUGUUAUUUGUGAAUAAAACUUGUAGGCCGCAAGUUUCUAAUUAAAACAGUAUGAUAAAGACUCUUACAUUUAUUUAUAUCACAAGUGAAUAAAACUUGUAUGUUGAGUUUUGUGUGACCUUAUCUGUGAAUAAAACUUGUGUUGCUCAAGUUUCUUAUAAAAUA